UCAACCUGCAGCGCCCCAGAAUCAGGCCAGGCCAGGAUGGUGAGAGAAAAAGCUAUGGUGUUUGUCAUGUAUGGUUUUACAUGUCUCACAGCGCUGGCAUGGUUAACAGGCCUCACAGCAGAUGUGUCGGUUUUACCAAAGCCUGAGAAACUCAUCAGCAGGCCUCUGCGAAGGGAACAAGAGGUCAAUCAGCAGCUCAACACAUCAGCCCUAAACACAGCCUUGGCUUUUGAGCCGUACCGUGACCUGGCAACCAGCACCGCUGCUGAGCAGCAACAGCACAACAUCUUGUUCUCGCCCUUGGGCCUGGCGUCAGCUCUGGCGCUGCUGUCCCGAGUGUCUGUGUCCGAGAGUCGGAGCCAGGCCCUGGAGGCCUUGGGGCUGGCGGCCAAUGCUACAGAGCAGAGCGUGGAGGCCACCUUAUCUGCUCUUGCAAAUCUGCAACGCAGCCUCACUCUACAUGAGGGAGGUUGGGUUCAAAGGGCAGAAUCUAGAGCUGGAACAGGAGCUGGGAUUGGGGCAACACCAUGGGUGGAAAUUGAAGGGGAAGGUGCUGGAAACCGAACUGAUGUAGAUGAUGGGGCGGAGAGUAGGAAUGGAACUGAGGAUGGGGUUCAUCCUGGUGGUCAGCUGAGAGUGUGGAGCAGCCUACAUAUUGAUGGAAAACCUUCAGUAGACUAUAACAGUUUCAUGUUCAGGCCUCGGCACGCCACCGCCUUCAACGCCAGCUUUGACACGUUGAUGAAAGACUUGGAAGCCUCUGACAAACUUGAACUUACCAAUUAUGUGUAUUUCAAAGGUCGUCAACCAUUUGCGCGGCAGCACACGGUGCCAAGGAGCUUCCAGCUGAACGCCACUACCAGCGUGGAGGUUGCCAUGAUGUUUGGGGACGACUCCUCUGAGGUGAUGAUGCUGUACGACACCAACUGCUCAGCCACGGUGGUGCGGCUGGCCCACUCCCAGCGCCUGGCCUCGCUGCUCCUGCUUCCUAAAGCGGAGCUGCAGCCCCUCGAGGACUGCCUCUCUGACGAACGCAUGAGCUUUUGGCGCAGAAACCUGAAGCCGGGGCGAGCAGAAAUCCGUUUCCCUAAGUUCCAACUAAGGAAAUCCUACAAUUUAGAAAACCUCCUGAGGAACUCUGGGGUAUCAUCGGUUUUCUCACACUCAGCCGACUUCUCUGGACUAUCGCAGAAGACUCUGAAACUUGCCAAGGCUCCUCAUGAGGUGAUGCUCGAGGUGGAAGAGACCAAGUACGAAGAUGGGGGGAGACCUGACAUCACGCUGGACUUCUCUGUUCCCCCGAGGAUUACCUUUAACAGACCGUUCAUGCUCAUAAUCUACGACGAUCUCACGGGGCUCGUCCUGCUCAUGGGGAGAAUUAUCGAUCCCACAGAUGUCUAGACUGAAGUGAACACAGUAGCUUCAUUGUGCUUUGCUAUUGAUAAAAUACUACAUUCACUUACAUUACAUCAUUUGUAUUUUUUCCCAAUAGCAUGGCAUAUCAUUCUGGGGACAGAAAUGCUUUUCCAGCAAUUACAUCAAAAUUGCAGAGUGCUUUGUUUUACCUCCAAUUUUCCCAAACAUUACAGGCUGAUUUACAGUUUAUUUUCCCAUUUACACAAAAUGAUGAAAAGAAAUUCAAAUGGCAGUCAUUUAUCCCUGUGACUGAAUCCCUGCUAUUCUUGCAAAAACAUAAAACACUUUUCUUCCAUUACAAAAGCAUGUGCUUUUUUGUCAUUUCUUUUUUCACAUCGCAACCCAUCUCUUUAUCGCCUUGUGCAAUUACUGAAGAAUUGCUCUGCAGAAACAUCAAGGCUUAUUCGCCCAAUACAUA